CACGGUCAGUCGAUCCGUGUCGGUUGUGCGACCUGCAAGCGCGCGCGCGCUCGAGCUAGUCGUCCAGGGGCCGUUCCCCGCCGGUGGGCCAGGUGACCGCGUUCGAAUCGUUUAUCCGUCGAUCCGUCCGCCACAGUCGAAUCCAACGCCACAGUCUCCAGCAGGCACUGUCAGUCGCACACGUGCCACACGUGCAAGCCGAAUUGACCCAGACACUUGGCCCGCUCGGUGCAGCUACUAAUAAAGAGUCGGUUGGCGUGCGUGAAGCGAACGAAGGAAAGAAAGCAAGCAACAGCAAAAAAAAAACAAACAAAAAAGAAAACACAAACCACCCCAAAGGGGUGCAAACCGCGUUACUGCCGGUGCUGAAUACGAGCGAGAGUGUGUGUGUGUUUUUUUUUUCCUUUCGAUUUCGUAUGUUUGGUCGAGUGCGCGCGUAAACACUACGAGAACAUCAUAUCAAUUAAUGUCACCCGCGCGACCCACCGCGGACGCUCAUAAACGCGACAAAAAUUAAUGUGUUUUAGUGGCGCACACUUGCUUGCCGAAACGAAAACAGUGCCCGCAACCCGGUCCCUCUAUUUUGGCGUUCGCCUACUAUAAAAAAAAGUGUUUGUGUAUGUGUGUGUGUGUGUAAUUUUGUAAGUGUGAUUACGUGGUAAAGUGCUUGAGGGUAUAUGUGUGUGUGUGUUUGUCUGUGGUUUGUGUUUCUAGAGCACGACGCGAUCGCUCGAGUGCAACGGAGUGAUACUCCUGCCCCGCAAGCUCAACGCUCAACUAUCAACUCAACCAUAACCUCAACAUCCUGGGGGAAAAACAAUCCCCUGCCCAGCGCCGUUUCCGCCACCCGCCAUCCUGCCCGUUGCCAGUGCCUCUGUGUGUGUGUGCGUGUGUGUGUGUUUGUGUAAAUUUGUGUGCAAAUCUCACGCAAUCAACACGCUCUGCAACCAAACAGCAGCCGAAGAAGCCGAACAGCAACAACCGCAACAACAACAACAACAACAAAAACCAUCCCGCCCCACACCCACACAUGUACACGUACAGAAACGAGCGCGAAUGACACCGGACGCCGGCCGUCAGCAUCCGAGCCACGGAGCAGCAGCAGCAGCUCGACCAUGGCCACCAUCUCCCUGAAGGGUAGCAAGACCUGGCCAUCGAUACUGCAGCGGAUCGACGCGAAGGGCCGCACGUACAGCUUCGUCGUGCCGUCCAUCACUACCACUUCACCCACCCCGACGACUCCCGCGCUGCCUCCGACCCCGCGCCCCGAAACGGGUGUGGCAAUUCACAGAGCUACCGGACCCAGUUGUCGGCCGACGGAAGGAUACGAGACGGCAACGGGGUGUGGUGUGGCGACAGGAACCACUUCCACCACCAUCACGACCACCACCAGCGCCACCACCACGACGACAACAGCGACGACGAAUGGCGGUGCAGGCAAUAUCGCGAACGUGACCUGCAACGAGCACGGCUGCCUGUCGGGGCAGGCCGCCGCGAAAGCGUCCACCCUGCGCCGCCACUACUACCCGGAAGGGUCGUGGGGCUGGGUGGUGCUGGCGGUUGGCACACUGCAAGCCAUCCUCAACCACGGCGUGCAGCUGUCCGGGCCGCUCUAUCUGCUGCCGGCGGGCGAGCGCUUCCACCAGCCGGCCGUCAACAGUUGCGGAUGGCUGGGCGCCUUGUCGACCGCGGUGGCACUCUUCAUAUCACCCAUCACGAUCGCGGUAUGCAAGCGCAAAUCCACCCGGCUGACGGCUGUUAUCGGCGGGCUGGUGACCGCCCUCGGGUGCCUCUUCACCUCCUUCGCCUCCCAGUUCCACCAGCUGUUCUUCAGCUACGGUGCGGUCGUCGGUGUCGGCGUUGGGAUGACGCGCGACUGCUCCACGCUGAUGGUGGCGCAGUACUUCAAGAAGCGGCGCGAGUUCGUGGAGAUCUUCAUCGUGUCGGGCAGCGGACUCGGCAUUGCCGUGAUGUCCGCCUUCAUCAAGUCGGCGAUCGAUGCGAUCGGGUGGCGGCUCGGGCUGCAGGCCGUCACCGGCACCGUGUUCAUCACGUUCAUCCUCGGCACCUGCUACCGGUCCGCGUCGCUCUACCAUCCGCAGCGCCGCGCAAUCCUGCACCUGAAGAACCAGAAGCGCAAGAUCAAGGACAAGAACAAGCACGACGAUCGGCCGCCAUUUUUCGACUUUAGCACGCUGCGCAGCAAAACCGUGCGCAUACUGCUCGCCUCGACCGGCAUCGGCGCAUUCGGCAUCAACACACCCAUCUUCUACCUUGCGCACGAGGUGCAGAAGGACGGCAUCGGCGACAAGGUGAUGAUCCUGCAGAUCUAUCUCGGGCUAGCGUGGACGCUCGGCUGCACCGCGUUCGGGCUGCUGGUCGUGCGGAACAGCGUCGAGUGCCGGAUCGCCCGGCAGUACCUCUGCCAGACGGCCAUCUUUAUGUGCGGCGUCUGCAUCCUGGCGCUCACCGCCGUCCACGGCAACUACCACGGCUACGUGAUGUUCGUGUGGAUCUACGGCAUCUUCUGCGGCGGGUACCACUACUCGCUAAAGAUGUACACGUACGAGAAGGUGCGGGCCCGCAACUUUGCCCGCGCCUGGGGCUUCGUCCAGUUCGCGCAAGCCAUCCCGAUUGCGCUCGGCGUGCCGAUAUCGGGCUACAUGAACGACAGCGGGUCCGGCACGGCCGGCUACUACUUUAGCUCGGGCUGUGCCAUCGUCGGCAGCGUGCUGAUGUUUCUGAUCGAUCUGCACCGGCGGUCGGUAUCACGCCACAAGCACACCAGGGCGAACGGUACACGCCAUCUGUGCGUCUCGGAAACGUGCCCGCAGCGCCGCAAACUCUCCUUCUCGCAGGAGCCGGACAACGAGCCGGGCAUCAUCACCGGCAACACGGCAAUGAUGAUCGGGCCGGAGCUGCUGAUACCGCCGCUGAGCGACGGCAUCGUGGAGCCGAUCAAUGGGCUCGACAAGCCGGAGCUGACCUGCAUCUCCGAGGAGGGUAUCGCUGACAUGGACCUGCCGGACAACCUGCUGGACGAUCUGGACUACGUCGGCGACUGCAUCACCUCGUGCAAUAAGGUGGAAAACUAUCUCAUGCUGAGCGAGUUCGAGAACAACCUCAGUGCCGAAGUUCCUAUCCUGCUGGACAAGCGGGGCCGCCGGCUGUCCCUCUCCAAAACGAAGGCCCUGCUCGGUGGGCACCUUGGUGCGGCCGGCGGCGGUACGCUGCUCGGCCACCAUCAUCCCGAGUGCCCGAUCGAGCACGGUGCCGGUUACGGGCCGCCGGGCACGACGCCAUCACCGACGAUGGGCCCGCCGGGUGACACGAACGGGCUCGCCCUGCUGCAUCCUCACCAGGGCCAGCAGCAGCACCACAACCAUCACCAUCACCAUCCGCACCAUCACCACCAUCACAGCCAUCAGCCGGUGAACGGUGAUCUCGCGAAGAAUCUGCCACCGCUCGCGACCAAGUCGGACGUCGCGCCACAGAACACGAUCGGCGGCGGUGGUGCCGGUGGCGGAGGGCGGACCGGUGGCGGCGAGGCGGGCAAACCGGCGGGUGGAGGAACCGGUACGGCGGCGGGCGCUGCCGCCACCGGCUCCAGCACGCUCCAGCCCCAGCAACACUGCAGACUGAACAGCAAAUGGCGCCCGAGCCAGCAGGUCGGGUUUCUCAACAACCGCGUUAUAUCUGUGAUCGAUGAAGCCUCAGUUUAGCUACACAAGGACGGACACACAACUUGGGGUUGGGGAACAAGCAAAACUAGGGAUAGAGCUAAGAGAUGUAGAGGACAGACCCGUAAGGAGCGCGCAUUAAAGCAGAGUCGCAGUAGACGGCAGAGAGUGUGUGUCUGACGUACACACACACACCUGGACGACCCCCAACACUUCCCCUACUGUACAUAGAGCACUUACUCCGGUAGUUCGAUCGAUGUGUAAUCGCUAGGAGAGAUGCCUCACGCUUACGUUACUUAAUGCGUUACUCUUACUUAAUUUAUAAGCUUUAGAUGAAAAAAAAAACAGAUGACUUAGCCGGGGAGGGUACAAGAAGAGUGUAGAGAACGAUUGACUGAUUUGUUGAUUUUAUGUUGUUUUUUAAUUUGUUUUUUUUUAUGUUAAUGUCCCUACUACGCAAUAGCCCUGAUCUGUGGGCUCCAAUUAGUUUUGUUUUUUUAUUUCUCUCUCUCCCCCCAUAUACUACCCUCACUCGUUCACCACGCACCCUUCUCCUGCGCGAGAUUCGUGGUAUUAGGCAAAAAAUACUCCCCCUGUAUUAGUAGCUGCAAAGGUUUUCCUCUUAACAAUCACACUAGUGCACUCAGCUCCCUCCCACACGCACACACAUACACACCCCUUGAAGCAUCUUCAAACCUAUUUUCCACUGUAUUCCAAAGUAUCAGAUGCUAUAGAAUUGUAUUAGAAAAAAACAACCACCAGCCCCCACUUAGUAGUACCGAUUGCGAGAGAUGCUGAGGGGGCGCAAGGUUACGGUGGAGUAGUUUACUAUACACACAAAUAAAUAUGAAAGGAAAUGGAAUUCCUGAAAUGAAAAAGGAAAACAAUUUCUGUGACGAAACCCCCAGGAAACUUAACGCUGCCAAUCCAUCCUCUCUCUUACGCCAGGACAGGAGAUAAAUAAAAACCCAGUGUAAGAUAUAACUUGGAUAUACAACUAUAUAUAUACUAGGCGUUUACAACACAGCAACAAAAUACUACUACUACAGUGCGCGAAAUGAAAAUAGCACCACCAUGUAUUUUGGCAACAAUUGUGGAUUUACAUUACCGGUUGUGGUUGUCUUAGUUCAGAAUGUUAAAAUAACCUGUUCUACACCAUUCAAGCACAUUACUUCGGUAUAUUGAUGUGAUAUUUUUCAAUUAUGCUGGAAUAUUCUUUAACGCAGGUGCGAAACAAUAAUAGUAUCGUUUACAUCGUUUUAAACAGAUACUUGAGUUAGCAGGAUAGUGAAAAAUGUCAAAAACUACUGACUCUCUGAGCAAAAAUAGUGUUUCAAUGUCAGAUAGUUGAAGAAUCAAUACAAAAGCAGCGUAUCAGUUAACAGUUGCUUAUCAAAAUCGUUUAUGAGUACUAUUUACGGUGUAGAAAAUAGUGGUUUAUCAAAUUCUGCAACAGAUUAAAACACACAAUAGAAUAUAUACCAUCGUAAGCGAUUCUUGAUCGGGUUUAAGUCGUGCCAAUUUUUUGGAAUCUGUUUUUCCAACAAGAAAGAUUGUGAUGAUUUUAUCUUGCUAGGUGAAAUUAACCUCUAACUUGAUGUCCAUUGUCCUGUCUCUUACAGUAUUGCAACAGUUUGCUAUUGCAGUGGAUCUGAAUGUGAAAUGAAAAUGAACCAACAUACUUGAAAUUAUACACAAAUAGGCCUAGACAAAGUUGUCGUUACAAGACAUGUCGUUACAAGCAUGCAUUGAAUUACUUAAGGCUGGAUUUCUGACAAAUAUUUUGAAAUGAUCAAGUGGUUAGCAUGCUGUCCAGCUCUGACACCAGAUGAAACGUCAUUUGAUUACUCUUGGUUGUCGUUUUGUUUUAAAAUGAAGAUAAAUAGCAGCUUAAGUAUGGUAAACUCUUUUUUGUGUGAACAUUUUGAAGAGAUCGAGUAUCACUCGCUGUUGUUUGUAUUAUAGCCUAUAAAUGAGGGAUCCAUUCAACUAAUUUGUAUCAAUAACAUCAUUCCUAGAAUGUUUCUAGAAUCAAACGUUUAUCAAAAUCUAACUGGUGCUAUUUUUUAUAUCGCACCUGUUUUGAGGUAUUAUGCUGAAUCAUAAUUGAAAAAUAGUCCCAUCAAUAUGUUGAAGUAAUGUGCUUGAAAGGUGUAAGGUUAUUUUUACAUUCUGAACUAAAAUAAAUCUCAUUCCGUAACGUAAA